AUGAACACCAGGGUAUUGUUUUUGCUUGUUUGUUCUGCGGCAUUUCUUACUGGGCUGCAGUGCGCCUCACCAAGGACCACAACGGGGCUGGAUCUCCCCACCGCCGGCUUCAGCAACAUCAGCAGCAGCGGCGGCAGCAGCGGGGAAACCGGGGGCAAAAGAGACUUGAACCAAACGAUAAACUCCAGGCUCAAGAGGAAAACACUGGCUGUGGAUUUUGCGGUCCCUUCGCUGUUGCGCUACUACCUGGCGGAGUUCAUAAAGAGACCCCUGAACGGCGACUGCCAGACUUACAGCGGAUGUUACACGGUGCGCGCAAACUUGAAAAUGCACUGCAUACCUUUGCAGAAAACCAUAUCUACUUUUGUGGACCCCAAGUCGGCUACGGACUCUGCUUUGGGGAACAUGUCUACCAAUGGACAGCUCCCCUUCUUCCAUAAGCGGCCGCUGUCCAAAGUUCUGAAAUUGGGCUUGACGAAAGCCAGCAGGAAAUCAAACCAAGUUGUGGUGGAAAUCGGAGAGGAUAUAGUCAAGACGGGAUGCGGAGGUCUGUCUGUGUACGAGGAGGCCCCGGUGUUCACCCUGGAAAUGGACCUCACAACUAUUUUGGAGUGGUGGCUCGGCGCAGAGGGGGGCCGGCUCAGGGUCCGGCUCAUGCCCGAGAAGAAGGCGCAGGUGCCCGGGAUAGAGGAUCGGUACACCGCAGCCAUACGCGCUGCAGACCCCCGCCUCUUCCUUCAGAUAUCCUCCCGGGGUGAACCAUUGGCUGGUAGGACUGCUGCUGGCAUUCCUAGAGGGUACUGGAGCUUCUCCUGGGUAGCUGAGGACGACCUGAGCUUUUCCAACGUCGCCGUGCCCAUGUCAGAUCACAGAUGUCCUGGCAAUAGCAGAACUUGUGACCAGCACCUGGAGGGUAUCCCAGAGUUCACAUGGAGCAUUGUGGCUGCCGGUGACCUGCUGGAGGAAAGAAACGAGAAAGCAAAGAAGUCAGGAAGUCCCCAGGGGUGGGAGGAAGGUAAGAACGAAGGUCAGUUCCUCUGGGUGAACAGUUCAGCCUUUGGUGGCCCCUGGGUGCUGAGUCCUUGGCUGGGGGGAAGGCAGGGUCCAUGUAGCCUGGACAUGGCUGUGUUCCUCCACCCCAAGCAAAGUGGGCAAUAUACCAUAUGGCUCAUAGAGCGGGACAAACCGCCACUUGCCCUCUUCUCCACUGACACCUUGCCGCGCAUCACAGGCUGGGCAGUGGUCCACCUUACACUGGGGACCCACGGAGGAUCACCUUUUCGGGUGUCAGCCAGCUAUGAUCAGCGGAUUCCACAGGAUGACACGGCCACCAUCGAGCCCCACUUUACCACCAACUGUACCAUGGAGUCCUCACCCGGCCCGAACAUCACACUGGAGGGCGAGUACCACUGUCACCAAGGACCUGGGAUCCCACUGGUUAAACUGUGCGACUUCAGUACAGACUGUCCACACGGCGACGACGAAGGCGACCUAUGUCGCCACUUUCUCAAUGGCAGCUACUGCUCUUUUGAAGAGGGCGAGUGCAGUUGGCAGCCAAUAACGGGCCGUGGUCUCUCCUGGAGACGACUCCUGUCACCAGCCAAGGCUAACAGACAGAGCUGCCCAUCAUCAGGUGCCACAUUCAGUGUGGACGGAGGCCAGUCCAAAGGCCCGCGUAGCUCAGCGUUACUGAGGAGCCCUCUCUUCCCUCCUCCUCUAAGAAACUCCCCAUGCACGGUGCGAUUCUGGCUGUGUUCUGGAGGCUUACAAAAGGGGUCGCUGUCUCUGUGGAUAGUGAAGAACAGUACAGGCCCUGAGGAGCAGCGCAUGCUGUGGCAUUCAGCCAGUGAAUCUAAAUCUGAAAGGGGGUGGAAACUCGUCAUAGUUCCUCUUUACGGCCUGGCAGACUGGUUCUGGCUGCAGUUCGGUACAGAAGAUGGACCUGGACCCGGUUCAACCAUCUCUCUUGACAACAUGUCUUUCAGUAUGGACUGCUUCCUGGCAUCCAAUGGCGAGUUUCCACCAGUGGUCACCAGCACUACAGGGCUGCCGUUUAGACCGACCAUCAAGACUACACCUCCAUCCAUUGGAAGCCCUUUAAUGAACCCCAUCGCUGAUUACCCCAAAAAAUGGGUUUUUCAUACCUGUGGGGCUGCAGGCCCUGAAGGCCCAACUCCAACUCAGUGCCUCAACUCCUACAGAAACAGCAACGUCAACGUGACAGUAGGCACCCGAGGACCCUUCAAAGGCUUUCAAAUGUGGCGGGUCCAGGAAACUGGCACCUACAGGAUCACAGCCUAUGGUGCAGCUGGCGGUCGAAGCGUAUUGGCCAUGAGCAGGUCACAUGGUGUCUACAUCACAGGAGACUUCCUGUUGAGGAAGGGAGAGCUGCUUUAUAUCCUGGUGGGACAGCAAGGAGAAGACGCGUGCCCCAAUAAAUGA